CGCGAGAGGGCGGGGUUAAGGCGGUGCCGGCCAAUGGGAGCGAGGGGGCGGGGCCAGCGUUCUAGCAGCUUCCAGAGGGCGGCGGGAGCGGCGCGGGGGCCGCCAUGGCGGAGGCGCAGGAGCUGAAGGAGAAGGGCAACCGGGCGCUGGCGGAGGGCGACGUGGCGGCGGCGCUGCGCCAUUAUUCGGCCGCCAUCGCCCUCGAUGGCUCCAACCACGUCCUCUACAGCAACCGUUCGGCCGCCUACGCCCGCGCCGGAGACUACACCCGCGCCCUGACCGACGCCUGCCGCACCGUCGAGCUGCGCCCCGACUGGGCCAAGGGCUACUCGCGCAAGGCGGCGGCGCUGGAGUUCCUGCAGCGCUUGGAGGAGGCGAAGGCCACGUACGAGGAGGGGCUGCGGCACCAGCCCGGCAACGCCCAACUGCUCGAGGGGCUGCGCGGCGUCGAGGCGCGGCUCGCCGAGCGGAAGCUGCUUAACCCCUUCAGUGCCCCAGACCUGUUUGCGCGACUGGAGGGGGACCCCCGAACGCGGGCGCUUUUGGGGGACCCCGAGUACCGGGCGCUGCUGGAGGAGCUGCGGGCGCACCCGGCCGCGCUGGGCACGAAGCUGCAGGACCCGCGAGUGAUGGCGACGCUGAGCGUCCUUCUGGGCGUGGAAUUGGGGGGCGGCGAAGACGACGAGGAGCCCCCAUCGCCCCCCCCGACAGCCCCUGCACCCCAAAACCCCACCCCCCCACCCGAGGAGCUCCCCGAGAACAAGAAAGAGGCGCACCGCGAGAAGGAAUUGGGCAACGCCGCGUACCGGCGCAAAGACUUCCCGGCGGCGUUGGCGCAUUACACCCGCGCCCAAGAGUUGGACCCCACCAACAUGACAUACGUCACCAACCAAGCGGCCGUUUACUUCGAAACGGGGGACUUCGAGCGCUGCCGCGAACUCUGCGCCAAAGCCAUCGACGUCGGGCGGGAGAACCGCGAGGAUUAUCGGCAGAUCGCAAAGGCGUACGCUCGGAUCGGGAAUUCGUAUCUGCGCGAAGAGCGCUACAAAGAGGCCGUAAAUUCCUACAAUAAAUCUUUGGCCGAACACCGAACGCCCGAAGUGCUGAAGAAGUGCCAACAGGCGGAGAAGGUGCUGAAGGAACAGGAGCGCUUGGCCUAUAUCGACCCCGACCUCGCGCUGCAGGAGAAGAACAAAGGCAACGAAUGCUUCCAGCGGGGGGAUUACCCGCAGGCGGUGAAGCACUACAGCGAAGCCAUUCGGCGCAACCCCCACGAGGCGCGGCUCUACAGCAACCGCGCCGCCUGCUACACCAAACUGCUCGAGUUCCCCCUCGCCCUCAAGGACUGCGAGGAGUGCAUCCGCCUGGAACCCACCUUCAUUAAGGGGUUCACGCGGAAGGGGGCGGCGCUGGAGGCCAUGAAGGAGUUCACGCGGGCGGGAGAGGCGUACCAGCGCGCCCUGCGCCUCGACCCCGCCUGCAAGGAGGCUCUGGAGGGGCAGUUGCGCUGCGCCCGGGGGCGCCAGGACAGCCCCGAGGAGGUGAAGCGCCGCGCCAUGGCCGACCCCGAGGUGGCGCAGAUCAUGGGGGACCCCACCAUGCGCCUCAUCCUCGAGCAGAUGCAGAAGGACCCGCAGGCGCUCAGCGAGCACCUCAAGAACCCCUUAAUCGCACAGAAGAUCCAGAAGCUGAUGGACGUGGGGCUCAUCGCCAUCCGGUGACCCCCUCUGCACCCCAAAAAAAUGGGGGGGAUGGGGGGGGGUCCCCCCCUUUCCCCCCUCCCUCUCCCCCCCAAAAAAAAGUGCUGUUUUGGGGUGCCGCG